AAGAGUUAAGAUUCAAUGGCCGUGCAGAAUUCGAUUUCAGCCGCAACAUCAGCAAAUACCAAUAUGCGGUACUAAUUUCCAGGUGGCAACAAGCGACGCUGCAGAAGAAGGAAACACUGCCUCCUUGUAAACAUUUUCAGGCGGAAUAAUAUUACACAUUUUAUCAAAUAGUUCGUUUAUUAACAUGGAUACUUGCUUUUUUUGUGGUGCGGUUGACUUGAACGGUUCUGUAAGCUACGAAUGUGCGACAACGGCAAAGGUGCCGUCUUCACAAAAGUCGGUCUCGCUCGUUCUGCAACAUCUCGCCAACUGCAUAAAGGAAAACUUAAAUCUUAAAUCGGAUACAAAAGUUUGUCCUCGAUGUUUUUAUGAGCUAUCCGAGUACGACACCAUAAUGGUGAAUCUUAUGACUACGCAGAGGAAAUUGACUCAUCAAUUAAAGGCCGCCCUUAAGUCAGAAUCUGCUCCUGAUGCCGAUUCCGUAGAUGAUAGUUCUUUAACAGGGGCGGGCGCAGACGAGGACACCGAUGUGCAGGAGAUGGAGGAUAAAAUGGAGCAAGAUGAGACGGAAGCAUUUCUUGUGGAACUGGUUAAAGACGAUGGUGAUGUUGAAAUUAAAGAUGAAUACGGCGACGACGAAGAGUUUGUUUGCGAGGUCGAAGUGCCUCAAGAUGAAAAAUUGGAUUCAAUGGAUAAAUCAUAUAUGCGGAAGCGGGAUCGGGUCAAGCAGGAGUGCAGUAGCUGUAACAAACAAUUUAAUUCAAAGUAUCAAUUGCAGAAGCAUAUGAGUGAGGAGCACUCGAAGCCACAAACACACGUGUGUCCCAUUUGCGGCAUCGUGCGCCGGGACGAGGAAUAUCUCGAAUUGCACAUGAACUUACAUGAGGGGAAAACGGAAAAGCAGUGCCGCUAUUGCCCAAAAAGCUUCUCGCGACCAGUUAAUACGCUUCGACACAUGCGCAUGCAUUGGAACAAGCAGAAAUACCAAUGCGAAAAGUGUGGUCUACGUUUCUCGCAGGACAACCUACUAUAUAACCAUCGUUUGCGGCACGAGGCGGAGGAAAAUCCUAUAAUAUGUAGCAUUUGCAAUGUAUCGUUUAAGUCACGAAAAACAUUCAAUCACCACACACUCAUUCACAAGGAAAACCGGCCACGGCACUACUGCACGGUCUGCCCAAAGUCAUUCACCGAACGUUAUACACUUAAAAUGCACAUGAAAACACAUGAGGGCGAUCUUGUGUACGGAGUGCGUGAGGACGCACCGGCUGACGAGCAGCAGGUUGUCGAAGAACUCCAGGUGGAUGUGGAUGAAUCGGAACAGCAAGAAGCCGUGACUGUCAUAAUGUCAGACAACGACGAGAACUCUGGAUUCUGCGUUAUCUGCAGUACCAAUUUCGAAACCAAGAAGGAGCUCGAACACCACUUGCAGUUCGAUCAUGAUGUAGUCUUUAAGUAAAGUACAUUUUUGUAAGCAUGCUAACAAAUGUAAUGCCUUUAAUAGCAUUCAGAUUCUACCUUUCGACUAUUCCGAUUACCACUUAAUAAAAUAAAAAUGAUUUUCCAAAGUGCUUAA